AUCAAAUUUAUAAUAGUAAAGGUGCAUAUAUUGCUUUAGAAAAAUUGUUUGAAGAACAAGAGAUUAUAGUAAAUAGUAUAAAGGAGUUAACAGAUGAUCAACUAAUUGAAUUAGGUGUAACUAAAGUUGGAUAG